CUUCGAGACAUCAUCAACCCGCCAAUCCGUCGACCUCACACUAACCGACAGUCACAAAUACCGUCAAAAUGGUCAACGUUCCCAAGACCCGACGAACCUACUGCAAGGGCAAGGACUGCAAGAAGCACACCCAGCACAAGGUCACCCAGUACAAGGCUGGAAAGGCUUCGCUGUUCGCCCAGGGAAAGCGUCGUUAUGACCGCAAGCAGUCCGGUUAUGGUGGUCAGACCAAGCCCGUCUUCCACAAGAGGGCGAAAACCACCAAGAAGGUCGUUCUCCGUCUAGAGUGCACACAGUGCAAGACCAAGGCACAGCUCGCACUCAAGCGAUGCAAGCACUUCGAGCUUGGUGGUGACAAGAAGACCAAGGGUGCCGCUCUUGUCUUCUAAACGCGUUCCCUCUUUCUCUCUCUUUUGCUGGGCCUUCGGCGUAGUCCUAUGGUGGACAGGAUGGACGGCUUUCACAAUCGACUCUUACAAUGCGGCGAAGCGAUGAGGAGGACGACAUGGAGGAUCUGGGGAUGAAAAGGUCGCCAGUCACGAAAGUAACGGACGGUAGCCUACACCUACAUAUGCAUCAAAUGGAGCACGAUUGAAGAGACGUACAC